AUGGCCUGCUUUGGAAGCAAUAAGGGAAGUUUGGAGGAGGACAGCUAUGAUGGACCUGUUGGUGGAGAGCUGUCCGACUGUAUGUUGGCAAUGCUGGAAAAGGAGCGAGAAUCCCUCCCCAGCCCAUCAGAGAGCCCUGGCAGCAGCAGCAUCUCUGCAAGUCUUCAGGCCGCUGCCCCCAUCCAGGGCUAUGAUGUGGAGUUUGACCCACCCUUAGAGAGUAAAUACGAGUGCCCUAUCUGCCUCAUGGCUUUAAGGAAUGCCAUUCAAACACCCUGUGGUCACCGUUUCUGCAAGAACUGCAUUGAGAAGUCUAUUCGUGAUGCAGGACAGAGGUGCCCUGUGGACAAUGCAAGACUGUCAGAAGACCAGUUGUUCCCGGAUAACUUUGCCAAGCGGGAGAUUCUGUCGCUAAUGGUUCGCUGUCAAAACUCUGGCUGUGCUAACAGAAUGGAGCUCCGACAUUUGGAGAAACAUUUGGCGAAGUGUGAGUUUGCCACAGUGCCCUGCCCGCAGUGCCAGCAGUCUGUGAGACAGAGCCAGAUCGAGGAGCACACGACUGUGGAGUGCACAAGGAGGCCUGUGUCAUGCCCAGAUUGUCUGGCGUGCUUUGUUCACGAGGAGAGAGAGCUUCAUGAGCAGCAGUGUCCCUUUGCCAGUGUGAAGUGCCAGUACUGUGAGAUGGAUCUCCUCAGAGACCAGAUUGAAUCUCAUUGUGAUGCAGAUUGCCCGAAAGCACCCAUCGCCUGUAACUUUAGCACCUUUGGAUGUAAGGAAAGGAUGCAGCGACACAACCUGGCUCAGCACAUGCAGGAGUUCACUCAGAUGCACAUGCGCUACAUGGCCGAGUUCCUGCGUGGCCUCAGCCUCAAUGGCACCACACCCAAAUCCCUGUGGACGCUAGGACCAUCUGUUUCCUCCGAGGAUCCGGCAGCAGGAGCCGCAGCAGCAGCCUCAGCCUGCAGCGGGCCCCGAGGAGCCGCAAGCUGCAGCAGCAACUUUGGCCCCAGUCCGCCUACUGAGGAGGUCCAGAAGCUCAGGGACUUGGAUGGACGAUUGGUAAGGCAGGAUCACCGGCUGCGGGAGCUCGUCAUCUUUAAAGAAACACAGUCCGAUCACAUUGCAGAGCUCAGGCGCAGAGUGUUGUCGCUGGAGGAGACGGUGAAGGAGCUGGAAUCGCAGCAGUGUCACGGUAUCUUCAUCUGGCGCCUUAGAGGUUUCUCCGCCCUCCUGCGGAACCAAGAAGCAGGCCUGCCCGUGGUGGAGCACAGCCCCGGCUUCUACACCGGUCGCCCCGGCUACAAAUUGUGCCUGCGCCUACACCUGCAGGCCCCGAACGCCCCGCGCUGCUCCAGCUACAUCUCCCUCUUCGUCCACACCAUGCAAGGAGCUUUUGACGGGCAGCUGACGUGGCCGUUCCAGGGAACCAUCCGCCUCACCAUCCUGGACCAGGGCCCAGAGGGUCAGCACCACAUGGAGGUGAUGGAGACUAAACCUGACCUGCAAGCCUUCCAGAAGCCCACCAUCCAGCGCAACCCCAAAGGAUUCGGCUACGUCACCUUCCUGCACCUGCAUCAGCUGAGUCAGAGAGCCUAUGUUAAAGAUGACACUCUGCUCAUCCGCUGUGAGGUCACACCGCGUUUUGACAAUGUGAUUCACCGCGAGGGCCCAGCGGUGCAGCCUAGAGGACCAGAGGCCACAAUUUCGAGAGACUAAAACCUAAAACUUUAGUUUGGAUAUCAGCGAGGUAGUUCUGCCAGUGUUUGAAUACCACUUAAUUCAUAUGAAUUAAUGCACAUUAGGAUGAGGUAAUUGUAUGUUCACACACAUUUAAAUGUUGGACUAUGCAAGUAUUUAUUUGUUUCCCAACUUUCAAAUGUCAGUGUGUUUUUUUUAUUUGUUUGUUCACAUUUUUUUAAAGUACAAUCCUUUUAUUUUACAUUUGAAAUGAAUGUUCUCACCCACAAGGUACCCACAGUCAGCACACCUCAUAAGUACAAGUUUUGUAAAUAGGCAAUUAUGUAAAUCAGCUCAGAAUGGCCAUCCGCUCUUGUUGUAGCUGUUGGGAAAAGCACUGAAUGUUGAAGAUCUCCCCGUGGAGCUUUUGACCCGGCGGGCACUAUAGAUCAUUUUAUUCUAUCCACCAUCUUCUAGUAGGAGACACACAGAUUCACAUGUAUGCACGAGGACAUGUGGAUGAUGAGACAGACAUUCGUAAUGACUGCAGAGGGUGGUGACAAAAAUAAGUUGUCCCCACAAGCCAUUAAAAAAUAUAGAUGUUGUUGUAGUGACCACAGUUGCCCUCACCAAAUUAUUAUUAUUUAAAAAAAUUAUUAAAAUAAACAUCUUGCAUCUUAUUGCUUAUUAAGUGCUAUUCAUCCAAGCACAUGGAAACCUGAAGAACCUUUUUUGUGUCUAUAAUGCGCAGGGUGAACUUUUAUUGGAGCAAGUGGGGUGGUAUGUUGGAAUAGGAUAUAGGAUUUCUUUAAUAGAUAUCUAUAUAGGGGAGUAUCAUGUCAACUGGAAAUUAUUAAGCAGCAAUUAAAGCAAAGAAACAAAUCUGAUAUUUGGUAACGGUAAUGGGAAGUGUGUUGGUUAUGUUCGAGCCAAGGAUUAAAAUGUAUGUGUGUUUGGAACAAUGCAAAAACCUCCACUUUGCAAAAUAAUUAUUGGGUUGGAAAUGCCAUCAACACAAUUGCUGGACAAUAGUGCAUACAGUGUAUAUUGUGCUUAUACAAAAUCUCCACAGGGUACAAAUUCUGCAUUUCAUGCUUCACUAGUUUUCACUGUACUGUUAUUGGGGCCUCACUAACAUAGUAAGAUAACAAAUGAUGCCCCUUUCUCACUAGGAGUUUCUCUAACCUGGUUUCAGCACUGCUGCAUGACAUAUUACAAAGUUACUUAUUUCGUUUCUGACAGACUUUAUGGUGCAUUUUACACAAGCUCCUACUGUAUGUGACCUUAAAUUAAUAUUUGAAGAGUAGACAUAAAUCCAACAUCAUUGUGUCUUUGCUUUAAACCAAUAUGCUGCCUGUUUAGCCUUCACAUGUAUUAUUGACUUUAAUAUAUUGUAUUGUUUUUGUUUGGUUUGUUUGUACAUCUGCAGUAUUGCAUAGUUGUGAUGUGACUGUGUAUCAAAUGAUUUCUUUAAUGUAAAUGAUUGAAUGAGA